AUUCGAUAAUGCAACCAAACCACCUUGAAACGACGCACGUUCAUGAAGUGUACAACCUCAUCGCAGACCAUUUCAGUGCGACACGGUACAAACCAUGGCCAGUUGUUGACAGUUUCCUCCGGGAGCUGGAAAAAGGUUCUCUUGGUGCGGAUGUGGGAUGUGGAAAUGGAAAAUAUCUGGGAGUAAAUAAGGAGGUGUUUACUGUUGGUUCGGAUCGGAGUGACAAAUUGAUCGAAAUCGUCCAAAAGCGAGGGUUCGAAGCCAUGGUGUGCGACAAUUUGAGCCUUCCCUAUCGAGAUGCAUGCUUUGAUUUUGUGAUUUCAAUAGCAGUGAUACAUCAUAUGUCAUCUCCAGAGCGGCGAUUAGAAGCUUUAAAGGAACUUUUAAGAAUAACGAGGACUGGGGGACGAAUUCUCGUAUUUGUAUGGGCGUUUGAGCAGGAGGGUAAACGUAAAUAUCAAGAACAGGAUGUCUUUGUCCCUUGGAAAAUGCCCAAAAAGAUUUAUUGUCCUGAAGGGCAACCAACGAAAGGGUCCACGCCGACAGAAGAAGGUAGUCAGGACAUUGUGUAUCAGCGAUAUUACCAUCUCUUUGUCAAGGGAGAGCUUGAUGAACUCAUUACGCGGACUGGGAUGGCAACAAUAGAAACAUCAGGAUAUGAUAGAGAUAAUUGGUAUUGCGUUGCCAGAAAGACUUGACAUACGAUACAUAAAAGAGGAUAGUGUCCUUCUAUACUAGUCUAUGUCAUUGGUCUAGCCAAAAAAGAUCUGCGAUGUUCCCCCCGGGGGUGCAUGCAGCUUAACACUAAC